UUCAGUUUUUAGGGGCCUGCAAGAAACGAAAACAAGGUGCAUGUAGCUAGGCUGAACUGUUUAUUUUCACCGUAUUUAUAUUACAUCAGAGGCGGGUGUAGCUUAUCAACAAAUGAGAGUAAAUGAUCAGUUUUGAUCGAUACUGCAGAUGUGAGUGUCGAAAUGCAGCUGUCGGCAGCAGCAUACAGUGAAGCUGGAUCGAUGCCUGCACCAGGGAGCAGCCAUGCACAGCGUGUCCUGUCCUCCCUGAACCAGCAGAGGGCAGUAGGGAAGUUUUGUGAUGCAGUGUUGAAUGUGGGAGGCGGGGUGGUCUACCUCGCCCAUCGCAACAUCCUCGCCUGUUUCAGUGAACUGUUCCAGCAGCCCAGCAUGCCUGCCUCACCCUGCAUGGAGUUCUGCCUUCAAGAGUGCCCCAACGACGGCCUGGAGCUGCUCCUGAACUUCGUCUACACCGGGGAGCUGAAGCUGGAUCCCAACAACCUGGACAAGGUGCAGCACGCAGCGUCCAGGCUGUGUGUACCAGAGGCGCUUGCACUCUGUCAGCAGUUCAAGGAGACAUCUGCGGAUCCUGCGCCUUUAAAGCGGAAAAGAGGAAGACCUAGAAAGUCUGCAUCAAACACAGCCCCUCACUGUUCAGUCAAAGAAGAGAACUCGCUUACAGUCACAAAAGACGAGUCCAGUUUUGAUGCUGAUGCAGCCACUUUAAGCACAGCUGUCACCACUACCACCACCACCACCACCACCACCCGUUCUGGGCGUGUGGUGAAGGGCCCCAGGCGACUCGUGACUGAUGAGAGCCCAAACACUGAUUUUACAGCCACAGAAAUAGCCGGCAAGAAGGUCCCGAAUAAUCCUGUGGGGAGAGAAGGUGGUGAUGUUGUGGAUAAUCAAAAACCAGAUCAGCCGGGUGGUGAAACUGAGGUAUAAUACAUGAACAUAAGCAUGAAAAGGCGAUUACAGCAGAGGAAGAAGAAGGAAGAAGAUGAUGAUGAUGAUGAAGUGGGGGAUUUGGAGGGGAUCACCGAAGGCUCAGACGAGGAGUACGUGCCCGUUGCCGAGCCGGCUUCUUCAGCCCCAUCCACAUCAACGGCACGGAAACGCAAGGCUCAGAAUAAGGUGGAGAAGAUUGAGAACGGUGAGGCCGUGGAGGAAGACUCCAAGAAGGACUGUGUUCAGUGUCCCAUCUGUGACAAAUCCUUCAAGAGCAAAUAUUACCUCAAAGUCCACAACAGGCGGCACACAGGGGAGAGGCCCUUUGGUUGCCUUAAAUGUGGAAAGAGGUACUUCAGGAAGGAGAAUCUCUUAAUACAUGAGAUCAGAGACUGUGCAAGAGCACAGAUGUACACCUGCCUGACAUGCUCCUCAACAUUUAGUGGGAGAGAGCAGCUUCGUUUGCACAUCGUGUCCCACACAGGAGAUAUGCCCCACAAGUGUUCAUCGUGUUCUGAACAAUUUAUGUACAAGAAAAACUUGACGAUUCACAUGAUGAAGAUCCAUGGUUAUCCUAAACCACAUGCAUGUCCGCAGUGCCCCAAAACGUUCUUAACUCGGACAGAGCUGCGUGUGCAUGAAGCAGCCAAACAUCGAGGUGAAAAGCCGUUUGUGUGCGAGGAGUGCGGCCACCGAGCGUCCAGUCGAAACGGCCUGCAGAUGCAUAUCAAAGCCAUUCACCGAAAUGAGCGCCCUUUCGUGUGUAACUUAUGUGGCCAUGCAUUCUCCCAGAAGAACAACCUCAACAUGCACCUGCGUAUUCAUAGUGGUGAGAAGCCGUACCAGUGUCAUCUCUGUGGCAAAACCUUCAGGACGCAAGCCAGUCUAGAUAAACACCACCGGACGCACACUGGCGAGCGUCCCUUCAGCUGUGAUGUCUGUGAGCAGCGAUUCCCAGAAAAAGGCGCCCUCGUCCGCCACAAGGCCAGCAAGCACGAAGAGGGUCGUCCCCACUGUUGUCACAUCUGUGGCAAAACCUUCAAAGCGAGGGAGCAACUUCGUGUUCAUCUGCGCCGCCAUAAAGGCAUGAGGAAGUUUGAGUGCAUAGACUGUGGCUACAAGUUCACCCGACAGGCACACCUGAGACGACACAUUCAGAUCCACAAACGGACUGAGAACUACAACCCCCGGCAGAGGAAGCUAAGGAACGUGAUAGUGCAGGAUGUCGACGGGAGUUCUGGUGAGAACGAAGCAACUAAAACGGUGGGAGCCUCACUGAUCUGUGAGCAGACAGAUUACCCCGCAGACGCUAGCGACAUCCAGGAACCCACAAACCCAGAGAACGACUCCUCGACGGGCCUCGGCUCAAGCUGCAUCAUGAGAGUGGUGAUUGAGUCGGGCAACGCGGUGAUGGAGGAGGUGGUGUCCAAUCAGAACCUGGGACACGUUGAGGCAGCGGAGAGUUUCUCUGUGCCGGAAGUCUUGCAGCAAACGCAGCUGGUCGCUGAGCCGUACGAGUCCACAGUGGAUAUGGAGGGAAUCGUUGAGAACAUACCAGAGAGGAAGACCUGAGGACUGAAAGCACCAGAGACAAAGUGAAGCCCAAUCAGAGUUCAGAGUUCAGGUUAAUGUGAAGACUGCUUCCCUAAAGGAGAAGCACAAAAGUGUGAUACAGAUGGUGAAGCACAGCCUGAAACAUUUGGCCUUACAGAUCCAAAGAUGAAACUGCAACAAAGUCAGCUACCGUAAGUUUCCAGACCUGCAACAGAAGAGUAGCAAGUAACUUUCAUGCUUUUAGUAGUUUAUACACAGUAAAUGAACUGCAUGCAUGUAGAAACUGCUUGAAUGUGAAAUAAUUUGUUUUACUAAAGGAGCUAUUUGUAAGUUUUGCUAUUGCUACAUAGCUAAUGUUACCAUUAAGAGCUGUUUAUUCACCAGUCUAGAAGAAAUCUGAGUUAGCAAAUUGAUUCCUUUGCUUGCCGAGAGCUGUCUCCAGCAGUGGAAAGAAACGCAAGUUUUUUUUUCUUUUGAAAGGUUAGCAUGCUACCUAGCUAGCCCCAGCCUGACUAGCCAGUCUAAUCACUUUCUAGUACUCAUUGUAAUGUCCAGACUGACCUUAAGAAGCAGCACAACCUCUUGCAUCUGACCAUCACCUCCACCUGCUCCUGGUGAGAAACCAUGUUUAGAGGCAGAGAAAACUUACAAAUAACUUCUUUAAGCCUCCUUUUUAUCAGUGUGCCUACUGCAGCAGGACUCAGAAAAUCAGAAAAAACUUUUCUUCGAUGGUGUUCACAUUUGUUAAUGAAGGUAUUAAAAGGAAUAGUUGGACAUUUUGGAAAAUGUAUUUAAUCUCUUUAUGGUGGAGGAUUAGAUGAGAAGCUCUCUACUCCUCCCAUAUCUGACCAUUUAAUUUAUGGCUACAGCAAGAAGCUAGUUAGCUUAGCAUAGCUAAGGUUAGCAUAAAGACUGGAAAUAGGGAUAAACAGCUAGCCUGGCUCUGUCAGUAGUUUUUGUUGAGAAUUGUUUUAACGCUUAAGGUCUUGUAUGUAAAGAUAUAUGACUUGCUAAUUAAUUAGCUUUAAAGGUGCUAGUAGAUUUUGUUAUCAUUUGACAGAGGCUGAGUUUCCAGUCUUUAUGUUAAGCUAAGCUAACCAGCUACUUACUGUAGCUUCACAGUUAACAAAAAGACAAAGGUGUUACUGUUUUUCUCAUCUAACUCUCAAAAAGAAAGUGAAUAAACAUUUUCCAAAAUGUCAGACCUGGUUUAAGUACCCUGUGGAGUUUCUGAACACUAGUGGCACUAUGGAGCAAUGUGUUUAUAAGCAAGUAUGAUUUGAUUAUAAGAUGCAUUAAACUGAGGACAUGGACGACCAAGUUUGCAAAAGUUGGGGACAAUAACAUUCAAAGAAGUGUAAAAAUGCCUCUACAAAGGCAGUGAAGAACAAGACUGCUAGAACAAGACUGCUUGAAAACAAUGCAGGAUUUUUUUUAAAAGAGAAAAAGAAAAUACAUUCAGUGCAUUCCCUACACCUAAAGGUUACACACAAUGCAUUCUGGUGAGAAUCACUAAAGGAAAACAUCACUUAUAAUUUGUUUACAACUCCACAGGGUGCCUUAAAUGGAAGAAGGUCAAGGGUUGUCUUAUUUACAAUAUUGUCAGUCAACUUGGGUCAUAAAACAUGUAUACUAUUUACAGAUAUCAGAACUUACUUAGAAUUAAUAUGCCACACAGGUUUGUGAUUUUAUGAUACACAGUUUUCUGAGUGAAUGCAUUAACUUACACUUGCUAUUUAUAAAACACUUAAUGCAUUUAUUGUUUUUUCUCACUCUGCCACAGCUAAUGUCCAUUGUUUAUGAGAAAUAUAAGUGAGCAUUUGCAUCCUGCUAACAGCUCAUCACAUGUGACUCAGCAGAAUAAACUCUCAGACCUGCC